AUGGUGGAGAACGCGCUCCGGGGAGCCUUGCUGAACUGUCUGAAUGAGGACAAUAAACGUGUGUUGGCAACAAAAGAGCUGCCCAAGACUUUAAACGCUUUGAUCAUUAUGUGUAUUCAGCUAGAUGACCAUAUGAGAGAGUUUGGGAAACGAUCAGGAGAAGGGCGGCAGCCGGCAGGGGGUGCUAGCGCCCUGAUUGAGUGGAGAGAAGAAGAUGAGGAACCGGCGGAGGAGGAGGAGCAGCCGAUGCAACUGGGACGAGCCUGGUUUAGUGUCGCUAUAAUUGGAGAAGAAGACUGCGCACGGGGACUCCAAGAAGGCCGGGUCAUCUGGGCUAUAAGCACAGACAACAAUCAGGAUCCAUUCCCAGACCUGAAGGUGCAGGGUCUCAAGAAAAUGAUGGAGAUGACCAACAGUAACUCAACCAACAACUCUUGCAUUCACAUCAGUACAACUACUCCUGAGAUUAGAAAGUCUCUCAUCACUGUGUCUAUCAUUUUUCACUUCCUGAUAUUUCUCCUUGGUGUGCUCGGGAAUGGACUGGUUAUCUGGGUGACUGGGCUAAAGAUGAAGAAAACAGUAAACACAGUUUGGUACCUCAACCUUGCUGUGGCCGACUUCAUCUUUGUAGCAUUUCUACCCCUCAAUGUAAUAAACCUUGCUUUAGACUUCCACUGGCCUUUUGGCAACUUCAUGUGCAAGCUCAACACCAUGGUACUUAUUCUGAACAUGUUUGCCAGCGUCUACAUUCUGGUGGUGAUUAGUGCAGACAGAUGUGUGUCUGUGGUGUGGCCUGUCUGGGCUCAGAACAACCGAAAUGUACGUAAGGCCUUGUUUGUGACUCUGGGUGUUUGGGGGGUGGCUUUGAUGAUCGGCUUUCCAUAUUCCAUCAUCAUGGACACAGAGCAAGCGUGUGAGAAUGAAAACAAAACUCUCUGCUUAAACAGCUACGCUAUUUCUGAUGACUAUAAUGCAGAAUCUCCCAAUAUACUGCGACAAUUUCGUUAUCCACCGAUUAUCAUCGCCCGCUUCCUUGUGCUUUUUGCAGUCCCAUUCUCUAUCAUUGUCUCCUGUAACGCUGUAAUAAUCCAUCAUCUCAGAAGAAACCACACACUGGCAAGGAAAUCAGGUCGCCCCUUUAAGAUCAUUGUUGCCAUUAUCAUCACAUUUUUUCUCUGCUGGGCUCCCAUUUAUAUUAUGGAUCUAAUUGUGCUGGCGAAAGAAAUGGACACUUCAAGUGGUGUCAUUGGGAUCCCUUUGGCCACCAAUUUGGCCUUUCUCAACAGCUGCCUGAAUCCACUGCUGUAUGUGUUUGUGGGCAAAGAUUUUAAGAAAGAAGUCUGCAAAUCCAUUCUAGCUGCAAUGGAGACUGCCUUCCAGGAAGAGGAGAAACGCUCUCAGAGUUAUGUUAAGUCAGUUAGCACAAAUACAUUUCAGCUUUGA